AGAGACUGCCCCGGGACAGACUGUCGGAAUCACACACACAUGCGGACUGAAGUUACAAUCUCCAGGCUUAAUAACAGUGGAAUGUCAGCCAGAUGCCGGAUUAGGACAACUGUUCCUCAACCUCUUCUUCUUCUCCUAUUGAUGAAUUGCAGCGUUUGUGCCGGAAUUAUCGAGGUUUGUUCUCUCUGUUGUGUGCUUCGCGGUCAAGACGAAGGUUUGAAUUGUACCUGGAACGGGAACGCAGACACGCAGCGGACGCUCCACAUUCAGAGUCUGAAAUAUAACUCGGAUCGCACCUCAGUUCUGAGCUUCACCUCCCUGCCCGGCCAGAACUGGCUGCUGAUCCCGCGGCAGAAGCUGACGAAGUAUGAUCGUUAUCAUCUGCGGUUAGAAUGGGACGGCGGGGAAGAUUCUCUCACCAUCACCUACGAAGACAACGGCGAGAACGUGCUGAUUGAGCCCCCCGUCCUCUCACCAGAUGUCACGUUCAACGAGGAAGACCCUACUACGGCAGAGGUGGCCUGGUCAGCCCCCAGCGAGGGCUCUCACCACCACGAAGCUGAGCUCUGGUAUCGCAAACUGGGCCAGGAUGGAUGGUUGGAGGCCGAGCCGAGUGACCUGGAAGCCGGCACCUAUGAGAUGACCAAGCUGGAACCUUUCACAAAGUAUCAAGUGAAGAUCCGAUAUCUACCAAACGAGUCCAGCAAGGACAUGGGGAGCCUUUGGAGCGAGCCAAUCACCUUUGGGACUCCAGAAGAAGUUCCUACUGGACCUUUGGAUUUGUGGAGACAUUUUGGGCAAUCCAUAUCUUUAGUGUGGAAGCCCCCGGACGACCGAUAUGCCAGAGGACACAUCUUGAACUACGUGGUGACGUACAUUCACAACGGGAAGUCCUACACCACAGAGGCUUCAUGUUGUGAGGUCAAGCUGCCCAAUAACUCGACCCACAUGUGCGUCAGCGCUCGGAACUCCAAGGGAAAUGGGCCGUCCACCUGUGCCGCUCCUCUGUGUUCAGAUAAGAACUUUUCCUUGCUUGUCACGGUGGAAAGGAACCCCAAUGGGGGUAUCACGGUGUGGUUUGGGGAACCCCUGAGUCUUCCUUCUGACCACCCCACGUACCUGGUAGAGUGGACCGAAAUCACAGAACGUGGAAACGCAAUGAUAAAUUGGACUAGGAGCCAAGCAGACGGUCAGAAUGUCACGCUGCCAGGCACAUUUCUUCCACAUGUUCCAUACCAAGUCUCGGUAUUUGCUCUGUACCAGAACAGCUGUAGAGGACCCUUCUCCACCACGGUCUACGGUCAUCAAGGAGUCCCCUCCGCAGCCCCCGAUUUCUCAGUUAUCCCGCUCUCGUGUAAAGGUGCUCUGAUUUUUUGGAAGGAGUUGCCGGUUUGGCAGCAGAGAGGUCUGCUUACCCAUUACACGGUCUACCUAAACAGCACGGCGCGUUCUCGGCAGCACGCAGCAACAGGUAGAAACCUGACCCUGACAGAUCUGAUGUGUGGCACUUUGUAUCAUGUGUGGGUGACGGCCUCCACCACCGCUGGAGAAGGACCCCCAGGAGCACACAAGUCGUUUCACACCAUAGGUCCUGGCCCCGACAGCGCUCUCAUCGUCUUCGUGGUUCUUACUUUUGCCCUUCUUUUAUCGGGGGCUUUUGCCUUCGUUUAUACAUUAUGGUGGCAGAAGAUUCCAAGUCCACAGAACAGUCACGUGGGAGCCGGAAACUUCAUCUACAGUAAUGGGUGGCUCCUGAAACAGGUUCCCUCACACCCGCCUAUCGCAGUGGUGGAAGAAGAAGAAUUACCACCGGCGGUACUGGCCCCACCGGCGACCACCGGCCAAACGCCCAUCACCGUGCUAGAAGGUCCAGAAUCAUCAAGGAACAAGUCAGCCAAUUUUGGGUACGAGAAACACUUCUUGCCUACCAGAGAAGAGGUGAUGGGACUAUGCUAGGUGAGGAGUAUAAUGAUAUAUC